UGAAGCAGCUCUACGUGAGCAUCUCUAAUACAUAAUUUUGGCUACAGUAUAAUUGAUCCAUCAGUGUUAAUUUUACAGUGUCACGAUGUUUAAGUUUCAUUUGCCUUUUAUCCAAAGUGACAUACAUGUGAGCAUUCAUACACAAGCAGAGAUGGUCUGGAGACAUCACAUGAGUCAGUGCCGCGGGGUUAACUCGAGUCCAAUAGGACGUAGAGACUGUUAGGCAGUGCACAAAGACAAAGAGAAAUAGUGUUUUUUUCUUCUUCCCAUUUCUUUCAUUCCUCAUCGUCCCAGCUGAUGAUCUUACACUGUAAUUAUUUUGGCAAUUAUUUCUUUUUAGCAAAUGAUUUGCUUUGUGUUUCAGGUGAAUAAACAGUGUUUGGGUGAGCGUGAUAAUGAAUGUGACAGAAGUCUACAAGGGAAUAUCUGGCAACAGUAGCAUAGGAGUCCUGAACAUCCCCCCCUCCCUAAACAAAGCCAUCAAUAUCUUCACCGUCAUCAUCCUCUUCAUCACCAUGAUAUCCCUCGGCUGUACGAUGGAGCUUUCCAAAAUCAGGGCCCAUCUCUUCAAGCCUAAAGGAGUAGCCAUUGCACUGCUGGCCCAGUUCGGCAUCAUGCCCUUGACUGCUUUCUCUCUCGCCAAGAUGCUGCAGAUGGAUCCCAUCAAGGCUGUGACCGUGCUCAUCUGUGGCUGCUGUCCAGGGGGAAGCUUAUCCAACAUUUUCUCCCUGGCCAUAAAGGGGGACAUGAACCUCAGCAUCGUGAUGACUACGUGCUCCUGUAUCGCCGCUCUGGGUCUGAUGCCUCUGCUGCUCUACAUCUACUGCCAAGGCUUCCCCGGUCUGGAAAAUGCUGUCCCGUACGUUGGCAUCAUCUCUGCUCUCAUGUUCACUUUGGUGCCUUGUGGCAUUGGCAUCAUCAUUAAUCACUACAGACCAAACUACUCAUCAGUCAUCAAAAAAGCUGGUCUCAGCAUCCUGAUAGUCGCUGGCAUCAUAGUGUUCAGUCUGUCUGGUGUGGCCAUUAGAGACGUGCUGUGGAUGGUCCUGACACCUGACGUCCUGUUUGUGGGUGCGCUGAUGCCUCUGAUUGGCUUCACGCUGGGUUACGUCAUGUCUGUCAUAUGCAGGCUUAGUCCACAAUGCAGCAGGACAGUCUCCAUGGAAACAGGGUGUCAAAACAUCCAGCUGUGCGUCACCAUCCUAAAAGUGGCCUUUCCCCCUGAGGUCAUCGGUCCCAUGUUUCUCUUCCCUCUGAUAUACUACACAUUCCAGUGUACUGAGGCCAUUCUGCUGACCCUGUGCUUCAGAUGUUACCAAGCAUUCAAGCCACCGGCUGAGGACGGUGUCAAUGUGAAACAAGUGGAGGUGAUGCAGCCAUGACCGCAUCACAGAUGACUAGCGAGAGCUGGGAGAUGGACAAGAGCUGAAUCCUUUCUGCAGAGGAUGCUGCUUUCAAGUGAUCUGCAUAUUCUUCACUCAGGCCUGCCAUCUGAAAGACUGUCGAAGCAUUUGCAACUAAUAGUAUUAAUAAUUAUUGUUUAGUCAAUCAAUUUUAUAAACUGUUUACUACAGGUUGUGAAGUGAUAAGUCAUUGAUUGAAAAUAAUAAUUUUUAUUUAUAUUUUUGUAUUCAAAAUACCUGUUGGAAGAUUGAAAUUUGCUAAUUUUAUAACUUGAGUUGGAAUGAACGAGUU